AUGCAAUCGCUUAAGCCUGACUUCCUCGAUUCGCCCUACUACCUGGCUCAUCCCGAUGUUAUGUCACACGUCGUGUGGAAACAGAUGGGACGUACCAACUUUCUGGUCACCACUGCAUCUGUGCAGAACGCCGGGCCGACCGAGGUAGCCCCUGUCGCAAACGCUGAUGCUGGGCAAAGCACUUCCAGCGAUGGUGAUGUCGCUGACCCAUCUCAGUUCGAAGCUGCAGAGCUUCACUGUGUCGCGACCAUCGGGCUGGAGGAUUGCUGGCUGAACCCCGAUGGGAAUUUUCCCAUUCCGGGUGGUGCAACAGAGCUCGCCAAAGUGACGUUGAACUGCCAGGCCGUUUCACCCCCGAACAGUGGCAAAUAUGCGGCGCCGUACACCAAGUCGAUGGCAGUUCUUCGAGGGCUCGCUGAUCGUGUGAAAACGCCGGGAUUCAGCCUCAAGGGUAUGCUCGAUUCGAAAAAGCCAGGUUUUAAAUUGCGCCACGUCCCAUUCCGCUUGCCCGAGGAUGAUAGUGACAAAGGCUGUGAGUUGGAAGGCCUGGAGGACUGGCCUGUCAAAAAGCAACAAGGCGAAUCCGCAAAAAUUGAGAUGGAAGGAAAAUAUGUGGUGGAUAGACUCUGCGCCUAUGAUUUGGGUGGUAGGAUCAUUGCGCCCGAGGACUACAUGAGCAAACUUCCCGGCGCUACGGUGGCUGCGACAUUCACGUUGACGCACUUCAGCUUCAAGAACAAGGGCGAGGACACCAUUGUCGCCGACAUUGUCAAGCUGCGUGUGAUCGAAUCGAAGAUAGCUGCGCCUUCGAGCCCGAGGAAGCGCCGUGCCGUGCCGGAGAUGGACGAGAGUCCGAAGAAAAAGAGGAAGGCGUAA